AUGCAGAUCAACGGAAGCAGGUCAAUAUGGACGGCCGUCCUAUACAUUCUGACACUGGGUCGCCAAGUCUUGGCUAUCGAGCUAGAUGUCACGGACAAAGACUCGAUUAAAAAUGCCGCCAAUGUCGCGACCUACGCGAUGAUGACAUACUAUACGGGAAAUGAAACUGGUGGAAUUCCUGGUGCAUUUCCCACCAAGUGGUGGGAAGGCUCGGCCUUGCUGAUGGCCCUGCUUAACUACUGGCACUUUACGGGAGAUGAUUACUACAACGAUGAACUGAGUGUUGCCCUACAGUGGCAGGGAGGUGAUCAGGGAGAUUAUAUGCCAUCAAACUACAGCAGUUUCCUGGGUAAUGAUGACCAAAUGUUCUGGGGUCUCGCAGCCCUAACCGCGGCUGAAUACAAACUUCCCGAUCGCUCCACUGGAUUCUCUUGGCUUCACCUCGCACAGGGUACCUUCAACACCCAAAAGGCACGAUGGGACACAACCAUGUGCGAUGGAGGCCUACGAUGGCAGAUCUGGGCUUAUGAAGGUAGUGGAUACUACCUGAUGAAUGCCGUUUCCAACGGUGGAUUCUUUCAGCUGGCUGCUCGCCUCUACCGAUAUACCAAUAACACUGACUACUAUGAUUGGGCUAAGAAGUCAUGGGAUUGGUCAACUAGCGUACCUUUAGUCAACAACAAAACAUGGACUAUUGCGGAUUCGACUGAUGGGCAAGGAGGCUGCGCGAAUGGGGAUGCUGUCCAAUGGACCUACAACUAUGGAAUUUACAUGGGAGGUUGUGCCUAUUUGUAUGCCCAAACACAAGACGCGUAUUGGCUUAAGUGCGUAAAUGGUCUCAUGGAUACACUCUUCAGUUCGUUUUUCACCGCAAAGAACGACUACAUCAUCGAAGACUGGGAAUGUGAGCCUACAGCGCAGUGCAACGACAAUGAAAUCCUUUUCAAGGGUCUCGUCGUCUCAUGGCUCGCAAACACAGCACUUUUGAUCCCAUCACUGUACGAUGAAAUUCUUGCCAAGCUGCAGUCUACCGCUGCGGGAGCAGCCAAAUCAUGCUCAGGCAACAAUAACAAUACUUGCGGUGUAGCUUGGUACAAACAGGAGUGGGAUGGCUUACAAGGAAUGGAAGCACAGAUUAGCGCCAGCAAUGCGUUCAGUGUUCUGAUGCUGAAGUGGUUGAAUGGGACAGACAAUGCUGCCCCAGUCACGUCCACAACAGGUGGAAACAGUACUGGUGAUACGAACGCCGGUGAGGAUGAUAACAAGGGUUCCUCAACCAAUGCGUCCCCUAUUACCACUGGUGACAGGGCGGGAGCUGGAAUCCUCACUGCUGUAUUUAUCUGUGGCAUAGUUGGCAUGGCCGUCUUCAUGCUUCUUGGACCUUGA